GGCGUGGUGAAGCUGGGCUGGUCCUGGGAGAACCGCUUCGUGGUCACCUGGAAUAGCCAAAAGCACCUGGAGGCGCGGCUGAAGGAGCUCAUGAACCAGCAAGGUUGCCUGGCCACCUUCUGCGUGGUGCAGGAGUGGGUCGACUUCGACUUCGAGAUGCGGCUUUACUUCCUGCCGCCUGCCGAGUGGCCUGUCCAG